UCUGGCAGAGCUGACAAGGGGCAUAGAGACCCUAUCAGCAGGAAAGCACUGGAUAGCAGAGAGGGCUUUGGAAAGAAACAAAAAGGAUGGAGGGACCUUUUUGGUGUAAUAUUUCUGGUAUUUCUGGUAUGUAUGCAUCCGAUCCUUUGAGCUGAAAAUCUGAUUUACAGGGAACUGAAGGAGACAGUCAGUUUCAGAAGAACAAAAAAAAAAAAUAAUAAAAAAAAGGGAAAAGUGUCCAAGAGCAAGUGGCUGGCGAAGGGGCUUGAUUUGUGUGUGUGCGCGCCUUUGCGAACAGAGCAUUUGAUAAGUGGGUGUUUGUACAGCCAGGAUUCUGCUCCAGUGAAUGGGAAAGCAUACUGACAACGGAAAGGGUGAUACGGUGGAUAUACACAGCCUUUCCAUCAGUGCAGCUAAGCAUCAGCCUGUAUGCAUGAAUCGGGGUCUUUCAUCCAUGCACCUCAGUAACCUCUUGGCUUUAGAACCAUGGGGAAUUCCAUCAGCAGACCCGGCUGCCUGGGCCAGAAGUCCAAGCAGGUGAAGUCGGAGGAGGACUUCUUGAAGGAGUGUUACCAGCGGAGAGGUCCUCCCCUCAUUGAGAGCUGGGGAGGGGAGAACCUUAAAGACAAGAACAAUGCGGAAACUCACAGCAAUACAGAGGACAGGCUCAUUGACAAUGCCUGGAACCCAGUCCAGACUCCUCCUGUUAACAUCCCCCAAAACGGAACUCUCGCUGAGGAAAACAUCACAGAUUCUUGCAACCAACCCAAAGACAAGACUGGGGGAAUGGGGCAGCAGACAGCAGGAGUGCUGAGACGGAGCUCAGGGAGCCCUUGGUCCUGGAAGCCACUGGCUACCAGGGAAGUGACCGAGAUCACUGAGGUCACUGAGACCACUGUCACGGAGAUUGUGGAAGUGACGGAGUACCCAUCAGGAGAGAAGGGGGGAGACCCCAUUAUCACCAGGACUGUGAGGGUCCUUACUGGGGUUGCUGAGGAGCUCUCUGAGCUUCAGAAUGAUGAGCAGUCAAUCUCAGAUCAAGACAACAGUGUGGACAAGUGGAGCAUGCUUAACAAAAAGGUUGCGCGAUGUGCCUUAACUUUCCAAGAGGACUCAGGAAACUCAGAAGCCUUUCUACAAAACCUGGAGGCAUUACUGGUUUGGGUUUGCGACAUUGAAGAGCUGACAAUCACUCAGAAACCCCCAUCUUCCGAAGUGAAAGUGGUCACAGCCCAGCUUCAAGAGCAGAAGCUUCUACAGCGCCUGUUGGAAGACAGAAGACCCAGUCUGGAGAUAAUGAUACUUGACGGGCCGCAGCUCCUAAAGCAGAGCCAAGGGACAGAAAAUGAGGUCUGCAGCAGCAUAUCCCAGCUGCAGCAGAGGUGGCAGACAUUGCUUCAGAACGCAGACACCAGGCACCGCAGUUUGGAGCUGAUCCUCCCCAAAGCACAGGCCUUCCAGGAGACCACGGACAGUUUCCAGCAGUGGUUGUUUUCCAUGGAGCAAAACCUGACUGAGCUUCGAACCGCAGAGAAGCAUGUGAGCCACAUCCAGGAGGCCGCUGAGCAUGCCCAGGCUGCUCUGGAAGAAAUUAAAUCCAAGGCUGUGAGUCUGGAGGAAGUCAUGUUAAAGGGUCAGAGUCUAAUGGAGUGUAUAUCAGAUGAAGAGGCCCUGCUGGUUCAGGAGAAGACUAACAGCCUCAGGAUCAGGUACUCGGUGGUCAGUCUGAACAGCUUCGACGUCCUGCAGAAACUCGAGCAAGCCCUGGAGGCCUCGUCCAGGUGCUCCUCCAGCCAGGAAGACCUCAACCUGUGGCUGGGCAGGGUGGAGAGGGAGCUGCUGAGCGGGGCCAGUCAGUCUGGCUCAGGGGAGAGCUUCUUUACUGCAACUGAGAGGCAGAAGCUGGAGCAGGCUGUGGAGAAGGAGCUGGGUUGGGUCGCAGGUACAGAAGAGAAAGUUGAGGAACUCUGCAACAUCCAUCUGGACCAAGAGGUCAUUUCGUCUCAGCUGUAUGAGCAGAAGAUAUUGGCAAUUGAGAUUCUGCAGCAUAGGUAUAAUCUGGAGAAGAUGCUGAAAAUAGCUGAAAUGCUGUUCAGUUACAGUGAAGAAAUGGAAAAACAUCCACUAGAGUCCCACCUGGAGUCCUUGCAGGACCGCUGCCACAGCGUAUCCCUGAAGAACUCCAAUGCAGCCCUGCAGCUGGAGCAUGCUAAGUCCCUGCUCUCACAGUUCUCAGAGGCUUACAGCGAGGUAUCGCCAUGGUUACAGGAAACCCAAGCCCUCAUUAGCCAGCUCUCCUUGCAUACAAUUAGUUAUGAGGAUUUCAAACAACAGCAGGAGCUGUUACAGGGGCUGCGAGAGUUGAUUGCAGAGCACAAGCCCCUGAUAGCGAGGCUAAAGUCAGUGAGCGUCCGGCUGGUGGAGCUGAGCCAUGCUCAGGGAGAGGCCUUUGCAGAGAAAAGCAAGGCCGCAGAAGAGCUUUAUGGAACAAUAAAGGAAAGGGUGCGGCAGGCCGCCUGUGUUCUAGAGGAGGCACUGCCACGCUAUACUCAGCUGACCGAGAGGAUGUCCCUGAUGUCAGAAAGUUUGGACAGGCUCCAGAGCCGACUGCAGGCCCCUGUGACCCUGCGAGGGGAGUCGUCCAGGAUCCAGGAGCAGCUGGAGGACAACCGGCACACCCUGUCCGAGCUGGACAAGCUGGAGCUGGGGCUGAACACAGUCCGAACACAGGCUGCUGAGCUCAUCGCCAAUGCGCAGACAACUGGGGACAGCUCCAUUGUCGCAGGGCUGUUUCCCUUUUCUUUAGCCAUCCAGGAGAGAGUGUCUAAUUUAGGUCAGCAGUGGGAGGAGACCCAGACCCAGGCCCGGGACAGGGAGAAGUGGCUACUGAACCUCCUCAAUCUGGCCAGCAAGUUCUGGAGUGACCUCGCUGACAUUACAGUCACCUUGAACGACACCCAGCAGGCGGUCCUGGAACUGAACGGAACCAGAUCUAGCCCAGAUUCUAUCAGACAAAGCCUGGACACCAUGCAGACUCUCAGGGGAGACAUCGACAGCAUACAGGGGGACCUGGACAUGCUAGGAAUUCUGGGAGUGGAUCUGAUGUCAGCUUGUGGCGACACUGACAAACCUGAUGUAACCAAGAGCUUAGAUGAGCUGUAUUGCAUGUGGAACAACCUGAGCACAUUGUGGACAGAGCGAUACAACAAAUUGGAGGAUUGUCUCCAGACAGCUGUGCAGUACCAGGAAGCAAUAGAGCUGCUGUUUGAGUGGCUUGAAUCGGCAGAGACAAGAGCUGCCCAAGAGUUCUUCAUUGGAGUUGACUUGGAGACAGUUAAACAGCAGCUGUGCGAUCUGAAGGAGUUUAAGCGCGAGCUGUACCAGCAGAAGAUUGAGAUGGAAUGCUUAAACCACCGUCUGUCCUCCAGACUCCCCCAGGGCUCAGAGCAGCAGGCAGGGAGCACGGAACUCACUGACUUCAGACAGCGCUGGGACUGCCUGGAGAGGGAGACUGUGAGCAGACAGCACCAGCUGGAGUCUGCUCUGCUGGGGCUGGGGCAGUUUCAGCACACCCUGGACGAGUUACACACCUGGCUGUCACACACCACAGACCUGCUGCAGGGAAGCCGGUCAAUCACCAUCGACCUGCAGACCUGUGAGAUUGAGCUGGCUAAACACAAGGUGCUGCGGAAUGACGUGAUGUCACACGUGCGCACUAUGGAGUCUCUGAACCAGGCUGGCCGAGAGCUGUUGGAGGCCGGGGCAGGGGACAGUCAUCACGGGCUGCAGGCCAGACUGGAGGAUCUCAAUGAGCACUGGGAGUUUGUCCACUGUGAGACAGAGAGGAGGCAGCUUGAGCUGGAGAACAACCUCAGUCAGGUACAGGAUGUAACAAUGGAGAUCCAGGACCUGUUACAGUGGCUGGAACACACUGAACUGAGACUCUCAUCCUCCAAGCCGGUCUGGGGACUGCCAGAGACUGCUAAAGAGAAGCUCACUGCACAUCUGGAGUUGUGCAAAGAAAUGGAGUCCAAACUACAUGCUUACAACAACGUGAGGGAUGCCAUCCACAGGUUGCUGGCCAGCAGCAAUGUGGCCAGGGGUUCAAGCACUGAGCACAGCCUCUGUAUCCUUGAGCAGAAGUGGGAAGCUGUGCAUAGUAAGGUGAUGGAAAGAAAGGCGAAGCUGUCUGAAGGGCUGACGGUGGCAAAGGAGUUUCACAGCACCAUCCAGGACCUGCUCAAGGGGAUGUCUCAGACUGAAGAGGACCUCAGUGCCUUACCUCCACCAAGCCUCCUGCUGGAGACCGUCAACACACAGAUACAGGAGCACAGGAUCUUGGUAACUGAAGUGAACACCUACAGUGAGAAGAUGUCAGCAGUGGAGGGAGUAGCGUCGCGGCUUAAAGAGUUCAGCAGGAAACAGGAUUGCAAUGUGGUGCAGAACCUUAUUGUGACGGUGCAGGACCGCUGGGGAAAGGUUCUUCAACGCACUGCUGAGAGGGGGAAAGCACUGGAAGAAGCCAAGAAGCAAGCUAAACAGUUCAGCGAGUCAUGGCAUCUUCUUGUGGACUGGAUGGUGGAGGUGGAGCAGACUUUGGACACACACAACGAGAUUGCUGUGUCUCAUGAAGAAAUCAAGCAACAGCUGACAGAGCAGAAGGAGUUCCAGAAGCUGCUGAGAUCCAAACGACCCGUUUAUGAAGCCACCCUGAAGAGCGGGCGGUCUCUGCGUGAGAGAUCCCAGAGUCCAGGAGACAGGCAGCAACUGGAGGACCUCGUGGCAGAGCUGAGAGACACAUGGGACACCAUCAUUGCGAAAUCCACAGAGAGGCAGCAUAAGCUGGAAGAAGCGCUGCUGUUUUCAGGCAGAUUCACAGAUGCCCUGCAGGCCCUGAUGGACUGGCUUUAUAGGGCCGAACCACAGCUGUCUGAAGAAAUGCCCGUUGGAGGGGAAAAAGACCUUGUCAACAAUCUUAUUGAUAAACACAAGGCUUUCCAGAAGGAGCUGGGAAAGCGAGCUGGCUGUAUAAAGACCCUGAAGCGAUCAGUGAGGGACCUGACCAAAAGCAGCAGCACAGACUCCCAGUGGCUGCAGGUGCAGAUUGAAGAGCUGGAAAGUCGAUGGGAGACGGUAUGCAGGUUGUCUGUAUGCAAGCAGGCAAGGCUGGAAGCAGCAGUGCGGCAGGCAGAAGAGUUCCACUCUCUGGUCCAUGUGUUUCUUGAGAAGCUGUCUGAAGUUGAGCGGGCACUUCAGUACAGGGGGUUUCCUGAGGAGGAGAAAGCUGUGUUGGAAUUUCAUAAGCAGCACCAGGAAUCAAUGAAUUUACUGAAGUGCCAGCUGAUGGAGCUGGACUGCAUCAGAUCCCUAGGAGAAGAAAUCCUCUCUUCUUGCCACCCGGACUCUGUCAUCACAAUGAAGUCGUGGAUCAGUGUCACCAAGACCCGCUUUGAGGAGGUCCAGGCCUGGGCGCGUCAGCAGGGAGAGCGGAUCCAGGGCAGCCUGUCCAAUCUGGAGGCAGAGAGGGAGGAGGUGCAGAGGCUGCUGGACUGGAUCUCAGCAGCCGAGGAGUCUCUGACCCUGCGGGACCAGGAGCCAGCGCCUGAGGAAACGGCUCAGGCUCAGGAGCUCAUCCAACAGCACACGGAGUUUAUGGUGGAGCUAAACCGGAAGCUGCCAGAGGUGGAGAAGAUCACCAAGUCCUGCAAACUGAAACUUGCACCAAAACCUCAGCUACCUCAGAGCCGGAAAACUCCAUCCAAGCGGAGGGGCACUGUGAAGUCCCAGCCAGUGACCCCAGUCACCCCAGUCCCCUUGGAGAACCUGGAGCCCCAGACCCCACAGCUUGGACAGCUGGUCAGCCGCUGGCAGCAGCUGUGGAUCCUGGCCCUGGACAGGCAGUGUCGCUUGCAGGACCAGUUUCAGCGGAUCAAAGAGCUGGAAGAGUUUGCAAACUUUGACUUCAGCGUGUGGCGCAAGAGGUACAUGCAGUGGAUCAGUCACCUCAAGUCCCGCAUCCUGGACGUGUUCAGAGGCAUCGACAGGGACCAGGAUGGAAGAAUCAGCCAGAAGGAGUUCAUGGACAACGUCCUGUCAUCCAAAUUCCCCACCAACUCCUUGGAGAUGACUGCAGUGGCCAAUAUCUUUGAUAUGAAUGGAGACGGCUUUAUAGACUACUACGAGUUUGUGAGUGCACUGCACCCGAGCCGUGACCCAUGCCGCCGGAGUGCAGAUGCAGACCAGAUCAACGAGGAGGUGAGCCGACAUGUGUCUCAGUGUAGCUGUGUAAAGAGAUUCCAGGUGGAGCAGAUCAGUGCCAACAGGUACCGGUUCGGCGACUCUCAGCAGCUGCGGAUGGUGCGGAUUUUGCGUAGCACCUUGAUGGUGAGAGUAGGGGGGGGGUGGACAGCGCUGGACGAGUUCCUGGUAAAGAACGAUCCCUGCCGAGUGAAGGGCAGAACAAACCUGAAGAUUAAAGAGAAGUACUUGUCUCCGGACUCUUUUGGCACCUCCACGCUGAAAUGUGAUGGCAGAGUGAUGUCACGGAGCAGAUCCAAUUCCAGUCUCAGCUUGUACAGCAGUGCUUCAGCUCCCAGCAGCCCCCUUGCCAGGAAGUCUGUCCUCAGGAGGAGUUUCUCAGGGGAUCGUUCCUGUCGUCCGAGGAGCUCCAUUGCUGCGCUUGGGACGGACCUCCACUUUGCAUCCACGCAGGACUCCGAGUCUCCAGCACCAACAGAGGACACUGAGAGACCCCCUACUUGAUCUGCAGCACCAGAAUGACAUUAACCAGUCUCCUGGACCUCAGAGAAAAAAUACCCUCGCACUUGGGGAUCUCCACACAACUCAACGCAUAGAAAACAACAAAGAGGCUUCUGAUAGACUGAACACCCAGAACUUCGUCUUCUGAAAAAGAAGAGCACAUUGGACUGUGUGUUAUCUUGCUGCCAGACUGUACAGAACGUCGUCCUCGUGUAACCUCAUGAGACAUUUUAAUCUUGAGAACAUGACACACAUGAGAACUUUCUUCCCAUUUUUUAAGCCAUGCAUCUCCUUGAUGUGGGGACACUCAGAAAUGUCUAUGAGGCCUCUCAUCUUCAUGGAUGGGUUGGGUAAAACAUUUUUAGCAUUGAAGGGACUAGGCAUGGGUCCAUGCUUUGAGCUCAAAAGCAGUUUUGAAACAGUGAAACAGUGGUCACUUCAGCAACAUAAUUUGUUCUAAAAGAAUAAUACAAAUGUUAUUGUUAUAGGUUUCAAUUCUCCUUGUGUUGAAACAUGAGAACCAGCUUAGUUCCCCCUUUUACUAUCUUUAAAUAUGGCCACCCAUUUAUCAAAAUUACAUUAAUCACCAACUAACAAAUAUAGUAUGUCUUCAGCUAGCUAAACAAAACAGCCCAUAAUUGCAGCAGGUUUUUUGCAAAUGGAAACAGAUGGACAGUCUUUUUGCAGCACUUUGUAAGAGAAUAUGCAUGUGUUAGUUCACUAUGAUGCUUAGUGGAUAUCAUUCAGCUUGCCUUGGCUGCUUAUGGAUGAAAAAAGCAACCUAUCAGAUGUAAAGACUUAGGAUCAGGUUUCUAAAGCUCUUGUCAAUUGUUUCAGGGAAACCAUUGUGUAAAUAAGUAAAAAUUGUCAGUGCAUUCCUUGUUUUUCCCCAAAAAACGACAAAAUCAAAUGUUUUAGAAGGACAAGCAUUUAAAAAAUAGAGUGCUGUAUCUCUUUAAUGCAGUUUUCAUAGGAGUGUUUUGUUCUUUAUAUUGUUGUGUUUGUAGCAUAGUGUGUCUCAUUGCAUUGGUUCUUCAUAAUCUUCUUCAAAUGAUCUGAUACAGACCUGCCAUAAAUCCCUUGCAACACUCAUCGGUCCCAUCACAAUCUUUCCAGUUAAUAUUUGAACUUUGCAGGUGGUGUUUUACUAGCUUUGGUUUAUAACAAUGUCUAUGAUUUAGGAUACCCAAGCAAAUAAUACAUUCUUCAGCCCUAGAGAAAACCACAGACGUCAGGCCUGAAAAGUAUAUUUCACACAUUUCGAGGGACUAAUGAAGAUUUCCAUUUACAAAAUGGCAUACACACACACACACACACACACAUGCUAUGCAACAUUUUGCAAAACAUCCUUAAAGGAUUAAAAGAAUAGAAACGUGUCUUUCCUUUCAAUGUAUUUUCUUCAUAUAACUAAACUGGAUUUGGCAGACUGCUACCUAGAAGUGGUUACUGAAACUGUCCCAAGAUCCCCAGACUUAAAACAAUGAAUAAUGCAAAGCUGCCUCUGCUGUCCCCUGUGGCAGGUGCACAGGAGCCCUUCUGCAAGUACAGCAGAGUCCUAUAGUACUUUAACACUCUGCUGAUGGUACCAUACAUUGUGCUGGGCAUCCAGACUGUAAUGAAAACACUUCCCUACUAUGCAGUGCCUAAUCAGUCACGCCUUGUACAGACCCCGGAUACCUUGUAUUACUGAUAAUGCAAUACUUAACAACAGUAGCCUAGUGUGUAACCAGUAAACAUCCAAUACUACUAGACGUAUACAAGCUGCUGCUUCUUAAUCUAGUCCUGUAUCUAACCUGGUGUGAAUACAGAACAAUGCAACUAAUCACUGUAUACAAAUGCAGUGAAUAAUAAAGCUUAGGUUUUAUACAAA